UUGCUCAUUACAGAAGCAGGAAUUAAAAGUUAUUUCAAGAACUUAUUUUACCAAAAGAUUGAAGGCAAAUUCCGUUACAAAAAAAGUAUGGAAGGCAUUCAGUCCCAAAACCACAUCAGCACAGGUAAACCAGCGGUGGGGAUCGCCAUCUUUGGCCUCGGCCGCAUAGGAACCAUCCACCUGGACAACCUGAGACGGAACCCCAGAGCUCGCAUCUACUACUGCGUCGAAGAAUCCACGGAGAGAGCGAACUUCGUUCGGAACCAGUGGAAGAUGCUGGAGACAGAAACCACGUUCUUGAAAUCAAACAACAGCGAAGCAGUCUUUAAAGAUCCCAGGGUGGAUGCAGUACUUGUUUGUACCCCUACAUUUGCCCAUGAAGGAUUAGUAAUGAAAUCGUUAGAAUCUGGGAAAGCUGUCUUCUGUGAGAAGCCUCUGUCCUUGAAUGAUGAUGGUAUUGAAAGAUGUAUACAAACUUCUAAGAAACAUGCGAAACCUCUUCUGUGUGCUUUCAAUAGGCGAUUCGAUCCUGGCUUUCGGUGCCUCAAAACCAGAAUCGAAGCUGGGGAAAUAGGAAAAGUUCAAGUCAUCAAAACCUGUAGCAGAGAUUCACCAAAGCCACCAGUAGAGUACCUUCAGAUAUCAGGUGGCAUCUUCCACGACUGUGCUGUCCACGAUCUCGACUACAUUUGUUGGGUGUUGGGGGAGUAUCCCGAAAUGGUGUCUGCAGUUGCCCACUCCCACUACGAAGACGUCAAGCAGCUAGAUGACUAUGACACGGUGGCCAUCCUCAUGAAGUUUCCGAGUGGAAGUAUCGCGACCGUCGACCUCAGCAGGCAUGCUGUCUAUGGAUACGAUCAGAGAAUUGAGGUCUUUGGACCCAAAGGAAUGCUGACGUGCGGGGAGCAGAGACCUUGCGGAGUACAGUAUCAUGAUGUAAAAGGAACCACAGCAGUACCCAUCUUCUUCUCAUUUGCUUCCAGAUACCGGGAAGCGUAUGCAUUAGAAAUGGAACAUUUUCUCAGUGUUGUUCAAGGCACUGAAGAAUGCGAAAUCAAAUUGGAUUCCAUAUUGGCUAUAUCCAAACUUGCUUCCGCCUGCGAAGAAGCUGCCAGAAGUGGAAAAACAAUACAGCUUAAUUGGAACGAACAAAACGGAUUUUAAGAACACGCCAAACUUUAAAUUGUACUUUUUCGCUAUCUAAUAAGUUAUUUUUAUG